UUUUGCUGUGUUGACGAUGUAAACGAAUUUGUUGGUUGUCAUUGCAGACAUAUCAUCUGAAGGCGGUAGCUAGUAAUAUUGGCAAAUUGAAUCAUCAUGGAACUGCCGUACCUUGUGCAUCGAAAACUAAGAUUCUACGAAACGCCAGAAUAUUUUUAUCUAAUACCUGUCGAUCGGUCUGGAUCGAAUGGCCAAGCUCUGAGCAUCAAUCGAGUGACGAAUGAAAUGAAUCUUUUCGAUGAUAGUGAAGCCAUUGAACGAUCAGUGUUUGCCGAUAUUUGCUACGGAAUAAUGGGCAUCAUACGACUCAUUUCUGGCAAUCAUCUCAUAUUGAUAACUGAAGCUAGUCUGGUCGGUGAAAUCUAUUCACCCGGUGCCAUUGUCUAUCGGAUGGAAAAUGUCCGUAUCAUUCCGUACAACGAUACGAAUUCAGCGGCGAGACAAACAGUGAUGAGUGAUCAACAGAAAGAGUACAAUAAUCGCUAUUUGCUGAUGCUUGAAUCGAUAUUGCGAAUGCCGUCAUACUAUUUUUCCUAUGUCUACGAUCUUUCAUCAUCAUUACAGCGAACGAACCGACAACCGGGACAAAGUCGUACGCUCAUACAAUCAGCCAACAUGGAAUUCGUAUGGAAUGGUGCAUUGUUAAGUCAAUUGAUGGCAGAACAAAAGUUUCAUUAUUUCUGUCUGCCCAUCAUCUGUGGAUUUGUGGCCAUCUAUCAGGAUUUGAUUAAACAACGUCAAUUUCGAUGGAUUCUGCUUAGUCGACGAAGUAGGAACCGAUGUGGUACUCGAUGGUUUGCCCGUGGAAUCAACACCGAUGGUCAUGUGGCCAAUUUCAUCGAAACCGAACAGCUGUUGCUAACCGAUCAUGAUGAUCGUUUCUCAUUGGUUCAGAUUCGUGGAUCGAUUCCGUUGUAUUGGUCGCAGUUGCCGAAUCUUCGUUAUAAACCAUCGUUUGUGAUACCGAAAGCGCCACACAUAGAAAGCUAUGGCCAACACGUUCGUCGUUUGGCACGUGAAUAUGGACGAAUUUGUUUUGUCAAUCUGAUCUCAAACAAAGGAUCCGAAAGUCGGCUUGGCAAAUUGUUGACCGAUGUUGUAAACGAUGGCAAUUUCAAUCGUGGCAAUGACAUCCCGUUUGUCAACUUUGAAUGGUUCGAUUUCCAUCACGAAUGCAAACGACAUGGAUGGCAAGCGCUGUCCAAUCUGAUGGACCAAAUUCGUUCGUUUAUCGAUCAAUAUGGUUAUUAUUGGUGGUCCAAUUCAAACAACUGCUCUGUGCAACGAGUUCAACAAGGCAUCAUUCGAACCAAUUGUAUCGAUUCAUUGGAUCGAACGAAUGUAGUGCAGAGUAUGAUUGGCAAAUAUGUGCUACGAAAACAGAUGAUCGAGGCGGGAAUUCUUUCCGAAUUCGAAAUGAUUGAAAGCUAUCCUCAUCUUAAUUCGAUAUUCUCGAACAUGUGGGCCGACCAUGCUGAUGUUUGUUCCACUCAAUAUGCAGGUACCGGUGCACUGAAGUCUGAUUUUACCCGUACGGGCAAACGUCGUCUGACCGGUAUCAUUGCCGACGGUCUGAAUUCGUUGAUCCGUUACUACAAAAACAAUUUCGAAGAUGGUUUCCGCCAAGAUUCAAUCGACUUGAUUCUCGGUGUUCAUCAGGUGGACGAGCGUGAAGGCAAACAGGUGAAAUGUCCGUUGGAAGAUCGAAAUCUGGCCAAAAUAUUCUUCUUGCCAGUCCUGUUCCUGUUGUCGAUGGCCAUGUUUUUGUGGUCAUUGGUGUUGUAUGGCAAUGUAUAUAGCAGUAUUGAACAAGCCAUGUACACAUUGUUCUGGUUCGCCAUGUCGGCCAUUUGUUUGGUCAUCAUGUACUACCUGGGCAACGAAUUUGCCGAUUACCCUACACUUGUACGAAGGCGAUGAUUACCUAUCAACAUUAUUAACAUGGACACACAAUGGAUUUUGAUUUUGAUUUUAAUUUAUAAUUUUAAAUUUUUAC